CAAGAAAAUGAAAUGGUAUGUGUCCAGUUCUGACGAUCUUCACAAUGAUAUAGAACUGCCUCCUAACGAAGUGGUAGCGUUAGGUAGAACUACUGAUACGGGUAUAUCAGAUAAGAGUGUGUCUAAACUGCACACAUUACUCAAAUACCAACCUUCCAAACAAAUCGUUCUGUGCAAGCAACUGGGAAAACAUCCAGCUGUUAUCAACGGCGAAGAGAUAGCUAAAGAUAUGAAAGUGAGGAUUGGACUAACAUCAGUGAUAGAGUUGCUUCCUGGAAGAUACAGAUACACUAUUCAAGCUAACAAAGGAUCAAAACGUCGGUUAUCAGACGACAGCGAGACCGCACCCCUCAAAAAGCACCAGACAGCACUUAGCUCUGGCAAACAAAAAGCACCGAACCAUAAACCAGUCUUAAACAGCAUGUCGCGCGACACAAGCAGCGUCUCAAGUCGUGACAGCAGCGUCUCGACUGGCAGCAUUGUGAGUCACGUCUCGAGGGAACUAAGUGCCUUUCUCCUGGACAAGCUACAGUGUAGGCCAACUGACGAAACAUCAGGUGGUAACAAGGGUAACACCUCCUGGAUCAUUACUAAAGACUUACUUGUGAGAAAUUCGGCGUCCGAGGGACGUAGCAAGAUAGCAGCAUUUGAUUUCGAUCACACAAUCGUGACCACCAAGUCGGGGAAUGUGUUUCCCAGAGAUCCUGACGAUUGGGAUAUCAUGUGGCCAGGCAAGGUUAAAGGCAAACUAAAACAAUUGCAUGAAGACGGAUACAAACUGCUGAUAAUCUCCAACCAGAACGGUAUCGAAGCUAAGAAAGUCACCAUCCAGCAAUUCCAGGCUAAGAUAGAGAGUGCGAUUAGUAAACUAGGAGCACCAGUGCAAGUGCUGGCUGCUCCCCGUAGUACUGCAACACGUAAACCUGCCCCAGGAAUGUGGAUUGCGUUUGAACAGCUGUAUAACGACGGUGUAGCUGUAGAUUACACCGACUCCUUUUACGUUGGGGAUGCAGCGGGUAGAACUGCAGGGUGGGACCCUAGCAACAAGAAAAGGAAAGAUUUCUCCUCUUCCGAUCGGGAAUUUGCGCACAACAUUGGAGUAUCUUUCCACACUCCUGAAGCUUUCUUCCUAGGGCACAAGGAAUCUACACAGUGGAAUUGGAAAUCGUUCAAUAUGUCGAGUUACAUUGCGGAGAAGCUACCUCUUGUUCAAGGGGACAAAAAACUUAUAUCUGCGCAUCAAGAGAUGAUAAUAAUGGUGGGAUAUCCUGGUAGUGGCAAAUCUAGUUUCUGUAAACGUCAUCUCAAUUCCUACGAGCGAGUAAAUCUAGACGAACUGAAGAGCUACAGCAAAUGUGUUGCGGUGAUAGAAAGAAGUUUGUUGGGAAGUGAAAGUGUUGUUGUCGACAACACUUGUCCAGAUGCUGCUUCCAGAAAAAGAUACAUAGAGUUAGCUGAGAAGCACAAAAUUCCUGUACGCUGUUUUGUCAUGAACACAACUCUGGAACACGCUAAGCACAACAACAGGUUCAGAAGAAUAGCGGAGUCCGGUGCUCAAGUACCCGGAAUAGCGUUCAACACUUUCAAAUCAAGAUACAAGGCUCCCUGUGUGACUGAGGGACUCUCUGAUGUGCUGUUUGUUAAUAUCACACCUCAGUUUAAGGAGAAACAUUUAGAGGAACUGUGCUGUAUGUUCCAGGGGGGAUGAGGAAUUUAGGUUAUGUAAUUGGGGUUGAUAAGAGCCCGACUAUUUCCAAGAUCUGAUUUUCAUUGGCAUGAGCUGUCUUGAAUUAGUACAUGUGAAUUGUGACACAGUUCUUGGUGAUUAAGGCAUGUUUUAUGAAUGUACCUUACUUUAAUUUUGUAUUAUCAUUUGAUUUUCUAUCUUGCUUUUAC